CCUGCUCAAAUGCCAAUCUGUGGAAGGGGAAUUUCAUGUAAAUUACUUAGGCAAUUUCAACUCUACAUUUUAGACAGUAGGUUUAUUGCUAUCUUCUCGUACAAUUCCUCUUCACAUUAGUUAAACAACCAUGGCAGAUAAGGAAAAGAAGAAGAAGCCAAAAAAGAAGGAAGAGGCAGCCGCAGCUGAACCAAAGGCAGAGGGUGAUGCAGCACCAGCACCAGCAGCAGCAGCACCUGCUCCUGAACCUGAACCAGCAACGAAAUCACCAUCAGAAUCGAACAGAGCAAGUCGCGGUAGUAAGCGAACAAAACGCUCUGGUUCAAAUGUAUUCUCCAUGUUCUCACAAAAGCAGGUUGCGGAAUUUAAAGAGGGUUUCAGUAUGAUGGAUCAUGAUAAGGAUGGAAUUGUCAGUAAAAGUGAUUUACGCCAUACUUUCGAUCAAGUUGGACGUCUAUGUAAUGAAAAAGAGUUGGACGAAAUGAUUGGAGAAGCAUCGGGUCCCAUUAACUUUACGCAACUACUCAAUCUUUUUGCAACUCGCAUGUCAGGAUCAGGAGGUGCUGAUGAUGAUGACGUUGUUAUGCAAGCGUUCAAAAGUUUUGAUGAUGGCAACGGAAAAAUUGACGCUAAUAGAUUAAAGAAAGCCCUUAUGACCUUCGGAGAUAAAUUUACUCAAAAAGAAAUAAAUGAUGCAUAUGAUCUUAUGGACAUUGAUGACAAUGGAAAGAUUGACACCGACAGUCUUAUUAAUAUGCUCUUGGGUACAGGUGAAGAAGAAGAGUCAUAAUGACUGAAUGUUUCUUAAAGAAAACUAUCUAUAAAAAAAUGUACGAAAUUCACUUAAAAUUUUAAUUACGACUGCUUUAAUUUGUAUAAUAUUUUUAUGAUAAAAAAUGUAAUUUUAAUAAUUUAAAAAUAAUGUUAAAUUCUUUGAAAAGUUAGGAAGAUCAUUUCUUAAAAAAAUUUGUAAAGCAAAGAAAAUUGUAUAUAUUUUUAAUUUAAUGAUGAAAAAUAAACUCAUAAUUACAAUAUAUAA